AUGCUCAUCGCCCUGCUCACCCUGCUCACCUUCGUCACUCCCUUUUACAUCAUCUACAAGCCGCCAUCUUUCCUAAUUCAUUACUUUCAGACGCGUUGGCCAGACGUACUGUUUCACGCGGACAAUGUAAAAGAGAAGGUCAUCGCGCUCACGAUCGAUGAUGCGCCGAGCUACUACACCAACCAAAUUCUGGAGAUUCUAAAGGAGAACGAUGCGAAAGCUACGUUUUUUGUUAUAGGCGGGCAAGUUGAUGGGAGGGAGGGGGAGCUGACAAAGUUGGUGGAGGCGGGCAUGGAACUGGGGAAUCACGCUAUGCAUGAUGAGGCGUCAAGGUCUCUCACCGAUGAGGAAUUGAAAGCCCAGAUCAAGGAUGUGGAGAGUAUGAUUGCCAACGCAUAUGCUCAGUCCAGCGUCUCCGGCGAGCCAGCACGCUACUUCCGCCCUGGGUCGGGCUUCUUCUCUGCGCGGAUGCGCGCGUUGGUCAAGGACUUGGGUUACCGUUUGGUGCUGGGCGACAUCUACCCGCAUGAUCCGCAGAUUCCGUACUGGAGGGUCAAUGCAAAGCAUAUACUGAGUAUGCUGAAGCCUGGUGGGAUUAUCAUUUGCCAUGAUAGGAGGAGUUGGACGGUGCCGAUGUUGAGGAAGGUGGUGCCGGAGAUGAAGAGAAGGGGUUGGAGGAUUACGACUGUUUCGGAUUUGUUGGAGCAGGCGGAGAGUGAGUUCCAGGCGAGGAUAAUUAUAGACUGA